AAAAAAACACGCCAUGUAAAGGAUGAUGGGGAUGUUAAGCAGUGCCCCACAGGUGGUUCCCCUGUGGAGGAGGCAACAAAAAAGAGGGAAAGAAAAAGGGAAAAAAAAGAAAAAAAAGGAAAUUUCCAAACUACACCAAAUAGCCCAAAUGUCGAAACCAGUGAAAGUAGCCCGAAUGGCCCAAACAACAUUGGAGCCAAUGAAGGCGCAGGGGACCGAUAUGGGAAGGAACAGGACGAACAAAUCGUUGAGGUCGAAGAGGCAGCUGACGUAAAGACACGAAUAGAGGUCCCCAGUGAGGAUCCACACACAAAUCAAAGCGUUGAAAAAAAAAAGAAAAAAAAGAAGAAAAAGAAAAAGAAGAAAGGGGAAGGUGACGAGGAAGAUGCUCAUGAGGAAGCUGAAGAAGAAAGACAAAUGUCAACAGCGCAGGAGGUGACGAAAAAAAAAAUGGAGCCACAACACGAAGUACACAUAAACAAAGUGAAGAGCGAAACAAAUAAUGCAAAAGAUGUCUUGUCAAAUGGGGAGAAUAACGUUGAAGAUGGAGCUCCAGGGACAGGAGGACACAUUGUAUGUGAGGGAGACCUUGCACAGGGUACUACGACAAGUACAACCCACAAAGGCAAUAACGAGAGUGCAGAAAUAAAAUCUACCAGUGAGGAAAUGAAAGGAGGAAGAGACAAUUGUAGACUCCAUAGUAGCAGUUCCAGUUGUGGUAGUGAUGCACAUGAGCAGGCGCAGGUAAAACGUAACCAAGGGGAUACACAACUGAACGAAGCAGAGAAUCAUGUUGGUCAAAAAAAGGAACAGGAAUCACAAAGUGCAGGAGUAGAAUAUCACAAACAAGAAAAAGAAAAUAGGGACAUUUCGGAAGGAGAGCUAAAUGGCGAGGGACAAUGUGAACAGGGCGCACUCGUCGAAAUGGAGGCCAUGCAUAGUUUAAGGGAUAGCGAGAAAAAAGGGGAAGAGCGGAAAAGGAAAAAUAAGAAAAAAAAAGAGGGUCCCAGGAAGCGCGAGUCCAAAAGGAACAGAAGGGCGAAAGGUAAAGUGGGCUCGACGGAGGGCAAAACGAACGAGGCUGAUAACGAGUCCGAGCCGGCAAAAGAAAAAUCUACUGAAAAAAACGAAGAACUGCUUGUCGGAGCAGCGGGCGAAGUUGAAGGAAGCGUGGAAUACGCAACUGACUCAAUCGCCAGGAUUAUUAGCACGAAGGAGAGCGAUUCAAACGGAGGGGCAACGCCCAGAGGAGGCUCCUUACAAAAAAUGUGCCUUUCAAACGGUGUGAAACAUCUAGAAACCUACGAAAGCAAAGUAUGUGUGGCGAACUCCAUUCACGACAUAUCGAGCCCUUCAUCUGAUAACGGGGAGACCCAGGAAAGAAUCUACACGGGAGAAACCACCAUCUACGGGGAAAAUAGGAAAAGCUUUGACCUACUGUCCUACAUCGAAAAUGGAAUUAAAAAUUAUGUACAUAUGCUAAAGGAAGAAAACGUGGACAUAUACGAAAGAAAAUGUGUUAAGGAGAUGAUAUCCUUUCACAAAUUAAAAUUAAAAUAUUUAAAAAAAAAAAAAAAAAAAAUUAAGCAAAAUGUACACGCGGACAACUUUGCAUCAGAUUGUGGAUCGCACAUAUCGCGCAGCACUUCUGAGGAAGACAAGGAAGAAAUAAUUAGAAAAUUUGGCCGCUUCGAUUCAUUCACUUGGGGUCAGUCAAACGAAGGCAGUGCCAGUAGCGCUACUACACAUAACAAAGGCACGAAUAAAAAAAGCGGAAAUGAACAUGCUGAUUUGAAACAGAAAUUGAGUAAAAGUAAGAACUACUAUUCUAAGCAGACACCCUGGAGUAGCAAAAAUGACCGCCUUGGCAGCACCACAGCGGUGCACGUGAAGAAACCGAACAAGACGAAGAGGCCAGUUGAGAUUAAAAGUUCCGACGAAUCGAACCCAGGCAAAAUGAACACAAGUUCUUUGAAGGACAUGGAAGUGGAAAGUCAAAUGGAGGAAUUGGGAUGCCUGGAGAGUGCCAGACAAGGUUGGGUUGAACGAAGCAACGGGCCGCAGGUGAAAAGGGAGGGCCACGGCGCCGCACUGCAGAAUAGAAGCCUAGCAACCACGAAUGAAGACCUCGAGAGGGAAAGAAGCCCAAGCAGCAAAAAUGUGUUUGAAGCGUUGUUUCACUUUUACUCAAAGGAUAAAGGAAACGCCAAGCGAAACAUGGAACCGGAAGGAAAAACCAGUGAGGCGAGUUGUCACGCAAAAGGUAUGGACCUUGAGCUGUUCUUAAAUUUCUCAAAACAUUAUAAAAUUAUAAAAAGUUUAUUAACAAAAAGUGAAUUGGAAAAAAUCUUUUUAAAUGAAAGCAAAGGAAAUACAUACAUUCAAGCAAGACAGUUCCAGAAGGUGCUAAUGUUAUGUGCACAAAUAGCAUUUACCAAACCACCACAUAGGGUCAAUUUCACAGACACAAAAAAAAUAUUCCAGUGUUUGGUCAGGUGGAUUUGUAACAAUGCACCUCAACAACAAAAAAAAAUUAUUUUAAAAAGUUGCCAGAUAGCCGAUGCUUCCAUGUUAACGGAAAAUGGAAAAACAACCGAACCGCAAAAGGCUGACGUGAGAAGCUCAACUUUACGAAAUAAACAAUACUCCAUGUCUGUGAAGGACAAAGGUAAGAAGACACCCAUAAAUAAUAUUGUAUUAACGAGUUCGCAAAAUUUUGAGACACCAUCGAACAAAUCGGAAAAGGCGAGAAUUUUCCGCUACAAUACGAGUAUAAAUUUGCGCAAGUAG